UCAAAGCAAACUCAAAAGAGUGAAGAACAGAGCUAAACCAAAAACAGAACCGUACCGUACCAUACUGGAUUGAAUUAAACCGGGUUGGUUUAGUGAUGGAGGGACCGUCGUCGUCAAAGUACAAAGGCGUGAGGAAGAGGAAGUGGGGGAAAUGGGUUUCGGAGAUCAGACUUCCCAACAGCAGAGAACGUAUCUGGCUCGGCUCCUACGACUCUCCCGAGAAGGCGGCGCGUGCCUUCGACGCUGCUCUUUUCUGCCUCCGAGGCAGCGCCGCCAAGUUCAACUUCCCCGAUAAUCCUCCGGCGAUCAGCGGCGGAGGAAACAUGUCGCGAUCGGAGAUCCGAGAAGCCGCUGCGAGGUUCGCUAAUUCGGAAGAGAAUGUCGCGAGAGAUGAGAUGGUACAGCAGGAGCAGCAGCAAGAGGAGUCGACGAUGAUGGAGAUUGAUUCGGAGUUUUUGAGUGUGCUUCCGACGGUUGGUUCGGGUAAUUUUGCUUCGGAUUUCGGGUUGUUUCCCGGGUUCGAUGAUGAUUUCUCGGGCGAAUAUACCGGGGAUCGGUUUGUAGAACAGGUUUCGCCUACGUGGAAUGGUGGUUAUUAUCAAGGGGAUGAGUGUUAUGAUGAUGGCUCUGUGUCUCUUUGGAAUUUUUGAACUUCAUGCGUUCGUCUUGGCAGAGAAUCUGCGAUUUCUUUUUAAAUAAUUUUUGGCAAGAUUGACACGGGCCCAUCAAAUUUGUUUUUAUUUGUAUCCAUAACUUUAGUUUGGAUAUGUUUAUUUUUUUAUUAUCUUUUUGUAAUUUCCCCCCCACCUUUUUGGAGAUUAUUUCGAUAAUGAUUCGUUAUCCUCCCUCAAAUAUUUGUUUGCUUUUAAAUUGAAGAAAAUAAAAUAAAAUGUUUGCUUA